AUGGACAGACUUGAUAAGCGUGCUGCAAGACGAGUCUUCCUGGACUGGAAGAUCUACUGCGGAACUCUGAUGUACAUGGGUGUUGUGACCACGGGAUACUCAACAAGUUUCUUCAUCCCUACGAUCUUGGAGCAAAUGGGCUAUACCUCAGCCAUGUCUCAGAUCCUUACUAUCCCGAUAUUUGCCUGUGCCACCAUCGUCGCUAUCGGAACUGCGUUCGCCACCGACAAGCUCCGUCACCGGUUCUCGUUCAUCAUCUUAGGUGUUGUAGUCGGCUCAACUGGAUACGCUAUGAUGCUUAACAUGGGCUCCGUGUCAGUCGGUGUUCGAUAUCUAGCCUGUUUUCUCAUCACCACUGGUGGCUACAUUUCGCAACCCAUUACACUAGCAUGGCUUUCUAACCAGAUGGGCGGCCAUUACAAGCGCUCCAUGGCAGCAGCGAUCCAGAUCGGAGUCGGAAACUAUGGCGGUAUCGUAGCGAGUAACAUUUUCCUUAGCAUGGAGGCACCGACCUAUAAAACUGGAUUUGGAUCCGCUCUGGCGUUCCUAAUAGUUCUUUGCGGGGGUAUGGCAAUUGUCAUGUUCUUUGGCCUCAAGGCCGAGAACAACAAGCGGGACCGUGGGGGGCGUGAUUAUAGGCAUGCGGAGGAGGUUGUUGAUUUGGGCAAUAUGGGUGAUGAUCACCCUGACUUUAGAUUCACUACCUAG